CCCGCCGAGGCCCCGCCCACCCGGAAGCGCGGCGAUGGCGCCCCGCGGGCUCAAGGCGCUGGUGGGCGAGAAGAUCCUCAACGAGGUCAUCAGGAGCGUCAAGAAAGAGGGCGAAUGGAAGGUGCUCGUCCUGGACCAGCCCAGCACCAGGAUCGUCUCCGCCUGCUGCAAGAUGUCCGACAUCCUGGCCGAGGGCAUCACCAUCGUGGAGGCUCUGGGGCGCCGGCGGGAGCCCAUCCCCAGCCUGGAGGCCCUGUACCUGCUGCAGCCCUGCGCCCCGUCGGUGCGGCGGCUCAUCGGGGACUUUGGGGGCUCCCCGGCCCCCCAGUACCGCGCGGCCCACGUCUUCUUCACCCACCGGUGCCCCGAGGACCUCUUUGAGGAGCUGGGGCGCUCGCGGGCCGCCCGGGCCAUCCGCACCCUCAAGGAGAUCGACGUGGCCUUCCUGCCCUACGAGAGCCAGGUGUUCACGCUGGACGCGCCGCGCAGCUUCCACGGCUGCUACAGCCCCUUCGGGGCGGGCGAGCGGGUGGCACUGCUGGGGACACUGGCCACCCGCCUGGCCACCCUCUGCGUCACCCUGGGCGUCUACCCGGCCGUGCGCUACCGCCGGGGCCCCGAGGACAACGCGGUGCUGGCGCGGGAGCUGCUGGCCCGCCUCGACGCCCUGCGCGCCGACAACCCCGCCAUGGCCGAGGGCCGCACGCAGCUGCUCAUCGUGGACCGGAGCUUCGACCUGGUGACGCCGCUGCUGCACGAGCUGACGCUGCAGGCGAUGGCCUACGACCUGCUGGACAUCCGCCAGGACACCUACCGGUACGAGACGUCGGGGCUGGGCGAGGCGCGGGAGAAGACGGCGCUGCUGGACGAGGACGACGAGCUCUGGGUGCAGCUGCGGCACAUGCACAUCGCCGACGUCUCCCGGAAGGUGACGGAGCUGCUGAAAACCUUCUGCGCCAGCAAACGGCUCGACACCGAGAAGGCCAACAUCAAGGAGCUCUCCUACAUCCUCAAGAAGAUGCCGCAGUACCAGAAGGAGCUGAGCAGGUACGCGACGCACCUGAGCCUGGCAGACGCCUGCAUGUGCCGCUUCCAGGGCACCGUGGAGCGGCUCUGCGCCGUCGAGCAGGACCUGGCCAUGGGGACGGACGCGGAGGGCGAGAAGGUGAAGGACCCCAUGAAGGUGAUGGUGCCCGUGCUGCUGGACCCGGCCGUGGAGCCCUACGACAAGCUGCGCGUCAUCCUGCUCUACGUCCUCCUCAAGAACGGGGUGAGCGAGGAGAACCUGGCCAAGCUGGUGCAGCACGCCAACGUCCCCCCCGCGCAGCAGCGGGUGCUGCCCAACCUCCAGCUCCUGGGCGCCUCCCUCACCGCCGGGGGGGGGCGGCUGCGCCCCGAGGUGCGGGAGCGUCCCCAGGCCACCUACCAGCUGUCACGCUGGAGCCCCGCCAUCAAGGACGUCCUGGAGCGCCCGCUUCGGGCAGUGGCACCGGGGCCGGGGCACCCCGGGGUGCUCGGGGGGGGGCCCGCGGGUGCUGCUCUUCCUGCUGGGGGGGGCGGCGCUGGCCGAGACCCGCUGCGCCUACGAGCUGGGGCCGGGUGCCCCCGUCCUGCUGGGCUCCAGCCACAUCGUGACGCCGCGGAGCUUCCUGGAGGCGGUGGAGGGGCUGGACCAGCCGCUGCCCCCCGAGGACUGAGCCCCCCCCCGGCACCCAGGGGUGCUGGGACCCCCCCCCUGCACCCACCAACCCCCCCCACCCACCCAGGGGUGCUGGGACCCCCCCGAACACCUCAGCACCCCCCCCGGCACCCAGGGGUGCUGGGACCCCCCCCUGCACCCACCAACCCCCCCCACCCACCCAGGGGUGCUGGGACCCCCCCCUGCACCCACCAACCCCACCCACCCACCCAGGGGUGCUGGGACCCCCCCCUGCACCCACCAACCCCCCCCCACCCAGGGGUGCUGGGACUCCCCCCCUGCACCCACCAACCCCCCCCCCCCACCCAGGGGUGCUGGGACCCCCCCCUGCACCCACCAACCCCCACCCACCCACCCAGGGGUGCUGGGACCCCCCCGAACACCUCAGCACCCCCCCCCCGGCACCCAGGGGUGCUGGGACCCCCCCCUGCACUCACCAACCCCCCCCCCACCCACCCAGGGGCGCUGGGACCCCCCGUGCAUCCACCAACCCCCCCCCGCACCCAGGGGUGCUGGGACCCCCCUUAGCACCCCCACAGCACCAACAACCCCCCCACCCACCCAGGGGUGCUGGGACCCCCCCUGAGCACCCACCAACCCC